AUUCUAGACAAAAUCAAACGAACAGCUUAGUCUUACUAAAUCCAAAAUUACACAAGAUGAGUAGUGAUGUGAUCCAAAAACCAUUAAAACAAGUAAACUCAGAAAAUGAAAACCUAAAAGCGAAUGAUACCGAGAUAAACCGUGAAGACAAACACUGGUCAAAAAUAUCAAGCUACAAUCUAAGAGGAAUUAAAAGAAGUGAGAAUAGUACACACGUAACUGGAAAAAAUUCUUGCAUUGAAACUGAUUUUAAACGCGAAAUGAAACGUUAUUAUGUCGGACUAAAACAGAAUCUUGAUAGAAUUGAUAGAAAUCAAGAAGAGGUUGCAAUCAAAAUGAAUCGUUUAUACAGAGAGUCACGAAAGUUAGCCAGAAGAAGUAGAAAUGAGAAGAAACAAAGUUUUAGAAUCAAUCGAAGACAUUCUACUAAAUAUAAAAAAGAAGAUUCACGUGUGGAAGAAGAAAGGCAAAAAGACAAGGAAUCAUAUGACCACUUAGAUGAAGAAAUUACAGAAGAAGCAGAGAUAACAAAUCAGCUUAUAUUAUCACCAUGGUUACCAGUUAUUCAUCCAAACAAAAUUGUAUGUUUAACCUCCAAUGCAAACAGUUCAGCUGAGACAGAAAGAGAAAGUAAAGAUGAGGUGAAAACAGAACUGGUCAAACCGGAUGUAUCAAAAUGGCUCACAGAAAUUAAAGAGGAAAAAAAUGAUGCAAGUGGAGAAGAACAAGAACCAAUCAAAACUCCACAGAUAGAUAUUUCAGCUGUUCAAAACCAACAAAGAUGUAAAUAUUCCAUUCAUGCAGGUGGAUAUACUCGUCGAAGUAUCAACUAUUCACUUAUCAAGCAUAAAGAAAGUCACUUAUCACAUUUGAAAGCAGCACUGAGUGAAAAACCAAUAGCGUAUUUGUGGAAGAAUAAAUCUUCAACAUCUCAUGGAUAUGCAAAGUUAACAGGUUCAAAGUUCCAGAAUUUCGACUUACAAGCAAAACGUUGUAUACCUGGUUCUGUUGGUGGUGCAUCCAACUAUUUCUUGGAGGCGACUGCUUUGCCUAAACCAGCUCUGGUUCGAUUCCCCCCGCCAACUAGUAUGCAUGAGUAUAAACGGAAAAAAAUGUUGGUUAUAGAGAAAGAGCAUAUGCAAAACAGCUUGUUUCGUUUGAGCCAAGUGAUUGAAGAGAUGAAAAGAAUUUUAGAAAGUCAAAAGCUAAUGGCUGCAUUGAAGUUUUUAUUGGCAUCCACAAUGAAAGACAAUAGUAAAGACGGUACACGGCAGAAUUAACGAACGAUCAG